AUGAUUCAUACACUGCAUAGUCGUGAUGAAGUACUUGGUAUACUAUAUCAUCUUGAGAUCGCGGAUGAUACUGCCGUUUUCAGCAAGCUAAACCAUCUUCAUGGGUUACUUGUUUUAAAAACUUACCUAAUCGAAUGGAGAAAGGAUGAUGAGAUAGUUGUGAAGUGUUGCUAA